AUGGUGCACAUGUUGUGGGUAUUGAUAUUAGCGGCAACCGUCGGAUGCUGUUGUGCUGCAUCGUCCAAAGCAAACGAGGUGCAAUUAAUGCAAAUCUACCAAUACGAUGAUUACGAAGAAUGUCGCCGAACGUACAGUGAUUUUGUGUACUGCAAUGCAAAGGCGCACCUUACAUCAAGUUUGGAUUCAGUGCUUUGGACAAAUAUAAAGAACUAUUCUACACAUCCACGCCAUUUUGAUCGACGUACGAUCGAAGUCGGAGCGUGUGUUCAGAAAUGUAGACCCACAUUUGAAAGUGCGAUGCACAACGUAUCAGCAGAGCUGGAAAGAUGCGUGCAGAAAAAAAUAUGGUCCCAAUAUGAGUUGAACUCCUCCAUCGAAAUCAUGCGCUGCAUACAUGGGGACGAACCAACGCUGAAAAACAGUGCCGAAAUAGGUAUUGCGCAGAUCGGUUUUCUAUGUUUUGCGAUCGGGGCGAUAAUGUUGGUGAUCCUUGCAACCGUAUCGGACACUCCACUGCAAGAUUGCACAGCGGAGAAAAAUGCUUCGUUUAACACAAAACUGAUUCAAUCCUUUUCGCUGGCUCGCAAUUUGCCGAAGCUGGUUGAAAGAGAGAACAAAGCCGACAUAAAUCUGCGCCAUCUUGACGGCAUACGUGCAAUAACGAUGUUAAUUAUUUUACUAACGCAUUCCUCGAUACCUAUGAUAAGGAUGCCGAUGAAAAAUGCCAACGACCUAGAAGCCCAAUUUGAUCAACCAUGGUUCCCCAUAGCGAUGGCCGGAAACACGUACACGGUGCAAAUAUUUUUCGUCAUCGGUGGUUUACUGCUGGCAGUUAACACACUAGAGCAGUUGAAGAAACGCGAAAAUGCUGGAUUGGCUUAUUUGCUGGAUCGAGUGAAAAUUCGACUGAUCAGAAUACUUCCACUGUAUCUCUUUGUGAUAUUGUUUCACGCAUCGUGGUACCCUCGGUCAUACGAAGGCCCGAUUGGCGAUCGCUUCCACGAUCAUUGCACAACGCACUGGUGGACCAAUGUCGUGUUUCUUAAUAAUUAUAUCAAUCCAAGCGAACCGUGCAUUCAGUUUGCAUGGUAUCUUGGAGCAGAUUUUCAACUGUAUGUACUCGGUACUGUUUUAAUGAUAUUGAUGCGGAUUCCAAAAUUGUUGAAACCUAUUGUGGUAUGUAUGACGCUUAGCGCCUUCCUUGUGCCAAUGGUCGUUAUCUACAGCUACCAUCUAGAUGCUACGGUGAUGAUGAUGUUAAGAUAUAUUCUUCAAGAAAUUCGUACAUUACCGUAUUACUUACGUGUCUAUAUUCCGUUCGAGACCAAUGCUGGCAACUAUUUCUUUGGUAUGCUCACUGGUAUUGCGUACUUCCAUUUAAAGGACAAUCCUACAGCGACCAAUAUUUUAAAGUUAAACUAUCUUUUACCGGGUAGUGCUGUGUUCUUUGUAGCAAUGAACAGUCUCACAAUGCUGCUGCCUUCCGAUCAUUUAGCCGAAGCAUCAAUUGGUCUAGCGGUUUAUGGAUCAAUGCUAAAAAGUGCCUGGGGCAUAUUUCCCUGCGUAGUACUACUUUAUCUCGCAUUUCAGAAGAGACCUUCAAUAUUAGUUGCAACGCUCCAGCAUCCAAUACUCCUAGUUGGGUCUAAAUUGAGCUACAGCAUAUAUCUAGUACAGUAUGGCAUCGUUUACGCGGUCUAUAAACACAUCACUUACCCUCUAGUGUACAAUGGUUUUACCACACUUAUUUUUACCGCAGCUAUUGUAAACAUUACCUUUUGUGUGGCAUUUACGUUACACCUGGUUAUUGAACUUCCAUUCAACUUAGCUCUUAAGCAAAUUUUGACCCAAGCAAAAUCAAAAGUGUAA